GUUAGCUCCAUCUCUCACUGGUGUGAUACUCGAGGUCUACCUGGUGGCUUACUUUCUGCUUUACUCCCCGGACCGGUCACAGUUGUUUUACCACGUCUCUCAAAUGAUCCGCUCAAUCGGGAGCUAAACCCGGGUGUGAGUUCGGUCGGCGUCCGAGUACCGGACUGUGGAUUCGUUCAGCAGUUGGUCUACGCUCUUCGGUCACACGAAGGCGCUUUCUGCAAUACGAGCGAUCCGGAUAAAGAUCAUCCACUGGUUCUGACCUCGGCCAAUCUGAGCGGGGACACAUCUACUCUGAAUGUGGAGGAGUUUCGGGUUAUUUGGCCCUUGUUGGAUGUGGUUAUUGAUGGUGGCUCGAUCGCCCCGCCACCUGGUUCCAAUCCCGAUGCUGCACGGGCCGGUUCGACGAUUGUGGAUUUGUGUUCAGUCGGUACCGGACAGGAGUACCGAGUGGUUCGAACCGGAAGAUAUCGAUUGGGUGCGGAUAGCACCCACACUGACUCACAUUAUAGUGCACGAAGAGGCAUUUGGGCCUUUGGUUUAGCCAACUCAUCGGAGUCCGGUUUGUUUUUGAGCGCAGCAUCGUCCGAUCGACCUGGGGUUAUUUUCAUAUUGUCUUCUCCAUUCACUAAAUCGAAUUCAGUACGUAGUUAA